AUGAACGAUAAUAAUAGUGAACGCUGCAAUACAACAUUACUGGCCAUUUAUCAAGAAGAAGACGAUGGCUCUUUGGAACGAAUAAUUAUUCCCGGUGUCGCUCUAAGUCUGAUGUGUAUUAUUAUAAUAGUUGGCAACAUUUUCGUCCUGCUAGUAGUACCAAGAUUACCGAAACCACGGCGACCGACACGUUACCUCGUGAUGAACUUGGCAGUAGCAGAUCUUGGUUUGGGGAUUUUUAUUCUCCCCCUGUCGUCCUAUAACGAAAUUGUAUCGUGGCCGUUCGGAGAGAGAUGGUGUAUUGUGCAUGCUGUAGGCGACUCACUUCUAUGCAUGUCAUCCCUGUACACGUUGUGCGCCUUAGCAGUCGACCGUUAUAUCGGAGUUACCCGCCCCUUGCGGUACAACGUCAUCAUGACCGACCGGAUGGUUUUAGUGAUGGUGAUAGUGGUGUGGUUGCUAGCCUCGAGCGUGUCGUGUCCCCCACUGUUUGGCUGGAGACAACCCCCACCGGAUGACCCAACUGUAUGUUUAAUUACAACACACUUCAGUUACGUCAUCGAAUCGUGUGUUCUUGGGUUUUUCCUUCCUUCAAUCGUCGUCAUGUGUCUGUACACGAAAAUAUACAUAGUCGCACGCAAACACAUUUUUGACAUUUCAAGAAAUAUAAUCCUACCAAAUAAAGACCAGGAUAAAGACAGUGUAAGUGCCUCAAGUUUUAGUUCAUCUAUUUCCGGUUCCUCCCAAGAUGUACGCAUAAGCGUUGUGACAUCAAACUGUCAGAAUCAGGCUGCUCUUUUGAAAAAAGUUGCAAAAAUUAGAAUGGAAGUCCGUGCUGCAAAAACCUUUGGGAAAGUUUUGGGAAUUUUUGUCAUCUGCUGGAUGCCAUUUAUUGUGUUGUAUCCUUUUGGAUGCCUGUGUUCGGCGUGUGUUAUACCGGAAAUAGCUUGGGAUAUAGUGUUCUGGCUGGGCUACGCUAACUCCAUGAUGAACCCAUUCGUGUACGUGUUGUCGAGCCAGGAGUACAGGAAGGUUUUCAGUCGACUACUGUGGUGUAGGAACAAAAGCGAAUCUCAAGUAGAUGUACUGAAUGUUGUCCCUAGACGAGGCGCUACAAACGUACCUAGCGAAAAGUUCUGAAGAAUUGGCACGGUUAUUUUCUGGUAAAAAAAAUAUGUUUAAAGUCGAUCUCGUCAUAAGCUAUGUUUUUCGAAAAGAUCAAUUCAAGGCCGACUUUCAUCGGGAGACAGACUGUCCAUUGUAAAGAAGCAAAAUACAUAAAUUUCAUGACAGCGUUGUAUCGCAUAAGCGCGAAAAUAACUUAUCAAUUAAUUGUUAAGUAGCUGGCACCUAUGGUCCUCAGGAUUGCUACGAUGUCCAACUUAGUGUAAUGCUAUCCAUCAAAGAACACCAAAUGUGGACCGUCUAUUGGUUAUCAUCUAGACAAACACCCAAACGGACUGUCCAUAGACGAUCUUUGUGAUGGUACCCAAAACAAGAUUAUGUUAUACAUGUAAAACGAUCCUUAAGUCCGAGUUUUGUUUGUAACCAA